ACGCGCCCUCUACCGGCCACACAGCGCGCGCACAGCCGCUGCUCUGGAGCUGCCGGACCACCACUCAAUCCACGCGUAAUUCCGGAAUCAGGACUCACUCACACAUUCCUCCUCCAAGUGUGGAGCAAGCCGGCAAGGAGCAGCCGUGUUCGGCGACAGAGUCCCCUCACAGCCCGACAGCAAGCCCAGGGACGGAGGAGAGGGAGAAGACACUUUAGAUUGAACCCUCCUCAAAAGUGUAUAGGAUUCAAGUUGCGUUAAAAGACAGAAGAGUUACCAGUUAACCCCGCGGCUGGGGGUUAACGCUACCACGGCUGUGUCGACAUGGAUAAAGUUAUCAAUUGCUUGUUUGCUGCAAUAACCCUGCUGUUGUCCGCGCAAGGGGAAGUUUUUAAAGGUGAUUGUAACUUUGAGAAGCCGCUGGCAGCAUGUGGAUACAGCCAAGGCAGAGACGAUGACCUCGACUGGGAGCAGGCCAAUACCAGAGAGAAGCCUUCAUCAGAUCCAUGGCUGCCCUCAGGUUCGGCCUUCAUGAUGAUGAAUACGUCGGGACGCUUCGCAGGGCAGAAGGCUCUGCUGCUGACACCCCAGCUGAGAGAGAAUGACACCCACUGCGUUACCUUCCACUACUACAUAGGAGGCAGAGACAACAGCCACCCAGGACACCUGAACGUCUACAUCAAGGAGAACAACAGUCCCAUGGGGAUGCCGGUGUGGAACGUGUCCGGCUCGGCCACCCGCACCUGGGGACAGGUGGAGCUGGCCGUCAGCACCUACUGGCCCAACUUCUACCAGAUUGUGUUUGAAGCCGUAACCUCAGGGCAGCGUGGCUUGCUGGCCAUCAAAGACGUCGUGGUCCAGGGCCACCAGUGCAUGAACACACCUCACUUCCUGACCAUAAAGGGAGUGGAGGUCAACGCUGGACAGACGGCAUCUUUUCACUGCACUGUCAAUGGACGCAAAAGGGACAAUUUCCGCCUCUGGCUUCAGGGCAUCGGUGGACGGGAGGCUCCGAUGAAAGCCACAAAACCUUGGAACAACCGGCGCUUCAUUGGCACUUUUGAUGUAGAGAACACAACCAAGGGUGACUCGGGCCGCUACCGCUGCAUCGUCCACUCAGACAAAGGGGUUGGAGUGUCCAAUUAUGGCGAACUAACCAUAAAACAGCCCCCAGUGCCCAUCGCACCCCCCCAGCUGACUGCCGUCGGAGCCACCUACCUUUGGAUCCAGCUCAACGCCAACUCCAUCAACGGGGACGGUCCCAUCACCGACAGGGAGGUGGAGUACCGCACUGUUUCCGGCACCAUGUACGACCUGCAGCCCGUAGACAAGACCACACACAAGAUCGGCCACCUGGACCCUGACACAGAGUACGAGAUCAGUGUUCUGCUGACCAGACCUCUGGAGGGAGGCACCGGAGCGCCCGGACCCCCUCUGAGGGCCAGGACCAGAUGUGCAGAGCCCAUGCACGGCCCACAAAAGCUGGAAGUGGUGGACAUCCAAUCCAAACAGGUGACGUUGCGCUGGGUGCCUCUGGGCUACAACGUGACCCGCUGCUACAGCUACAACCUGACCGUCCAGUACCGCUCCAAGGUGGCCGCCAAGGAGGAGACCCGCGAGGAGGUGGUCUAUGACACCCAGAGCCGCGAUCCUCAGCACACCAUCCACAACCUGACACCCUUCACUAACCUCAGUGUCAAGAUGGUGCUGCGCAAUCCAGAGGGGGUCAAGGAGAGCACGGAGCUGGAGGUUCAGACUGAUGAGGAUGUGCCAGGGGCUAUUCCUCUGGAGUCCAUUCAGGGCAGUGCCUAUGAGGAGAAGAUCAUCCUGAAGUGGAGAGAGCCGGCGCACACCUACGGGAUCAUCGUUCAGUUUGAGAUCUCCUACAAGGCAGUGAGCUCCUUUGACCCCGAGCUUGACCUCUCCAACCAGAGUGGGAAAGUAGUGAAGUUGGGCAACGAGACCACCCACAUGUUCACAGGCCUCUACCCCGGCUCCACUUACUCCUUCACCCUGCGCGCCAGCACCGCCAAGGGCUACGGCCCCCCCAUCAUCACCCAGUUCACCACCAAGAUCUCAGCUCCUUCCAUGCCGGCGUAUGACCAGGAGACCUCUCUGAACCAAACGGACAGCACCGUCACUGUACUGCUCAAACCUGCCCAGAGCAGAGGGGCCCCCGUGAGUGCGUACCAGGUGGUGGUGGAGGAGGAACGUCCACGCAGAGCACGAGGCACAGCAGAAAUCCUGCGCUGCUACCCAGUUCCCAUUCACUUCCAGAACGCCACGCUCCUAAACUCCCAGUACUACUUCACCGCUCAGUUCCCCGCCGGCGGCAUCCACUCGCCUCAGCCCUUCACUGUGGGGGACAACAAGACCUACAACGGCUACUGGAACGCCGCUCUGCUGCCUCAGAAGAGCUACAGCAUCUACUACCAGGCUGUCAGCACUGCCAACGGGGAGACUAAAAUCGACUGCGUUCGAGUAGCCACCAAAGCCGCCAUACUUGUGACUCAGCUCACAACGCCGUACAUCCGCAUCGCCCCAGCAGCCGGGGACAGCCAACUAACAGGAGCAGCCACACACAAACCUGACGCUGUGGAGCCGGAGAAACAAACGGACCACACGGUGAAGAUCGCCGGAGUCAUCGCCGGCAUCCUCCUCUUCGUCAUCAUCUUCUUAGGAGUGGUACUACUCAUGAAGAAAAGAAGAACCUAUCACUCCUACACUUACUACCUGAAAUUGGCCAAGAAGCGUAAGGAGACUUUGAACAGCACCCGCCAGGAGAUGACAGUGAUGGUCAACUCCAUGGACAAGAGCUACACGGAGCAGGGCACCAACUGUGACGAGGCCCUGUCCUUCAUGGACACACACAACCACACGCUGAACACACGCAGCGAGUGUGCGCUCACACUCAACGGCCGCAGCGAGUGUGCGCUCACACUGAAUGGACGAAGUGAAUGUGCGCUAACACUGAAUGGACGAAGUGAAUGCGCGCUAACGCUCAACGGGCGCAGCGAGUGUGCGCUCACUCUCAACGGGCGAGUCGGAUCACCCCCCUCCUCCUUCACUCUGCCUAAAGCCAACACUCUCAGUACUUCAAUCCCCCCCAACUCCUACUACCCAGAUCCCUUUGUGCCAACUGCUAUCUUAGUGCCCAUUAAUGACGAGAGCCAGAACAUGGGCAGCGACACCAGCAGUUUGGUGCAGUCUCACACUCACUCUCUGAGGAAGCGUGAGCCGGUGGAUAUACCGUACCAGACGGGUAAGCUGCACCCGGCCAUCCGCGUGGCCGACCUCCUGCAGCACAUCACCCAGAUGAAAUGCUCCGAGGGCUACGGCUUCAAGGAGGAGUACGAGAGCUUUUUUGAAGGACAGUCUGCGCCAUGGGACUCUGCCAAGAAGGAUGAGAACCGCAUGAAGAACCGAUAUGGGAAUAUUAUUGCAUAUGAUCACUCCCGUGUCAGGCUGCAGGCCCUGGAGGGGGAACAGAGCUCCGAUUACAUUAAUGCAAAUUACGUUGAUGGCUACCACAGGCCAAAUCACUACAUCGCCACUCAAGGCCCCAUGCAGGAGACAGUGUUUGACUUUUGGAGGAUGGUGUGGCAGGAGAACACGGCGGCGAUCGUCAUGGUGACCAACCUGGUGGAAGUGGGCAGGGUGAAGUGCUGUAAGUACUGGCCCGAUGACACUGAGAUCUACAGAGACAUCAAGGUGACGCUGAUAGAGACUGAGCUGCUGUCAGAGUAUGUCAUCAGGACCUUCGCUGUGGAGAAGAGAGGGGCUCAUGAGAUUCGGGAGAUCCGACAGUUUCACUUCACGGGCUGGCCAGACCACGGGGUUCCCUAUCACGCCACGGGCCUGCUGGGAUUCAUUAGGAGAGUCAAGUCCAAGACCCUGACCAACGCUGGGCCCAUGGUGGUCCACUGCAGUGCCGGGGCGGGGCGGACCGGCUGCUUCAUCGUCAUCGACAUCAUGCUGGACAUGGCGGAGAGAGAGGGGGUGGUCGAUAUCUACAACUGUGUGAGGGAGCUGCGCUCACGGAGGGUCAACAUGGUGCAGACUGAGGAGCAGUAUGUCUUCAUCCACGACGCCAUCUUGGAGGCGUGUCUCUGUGGCGACACCACCAUCCCUGCCAGUCAGCUGCGCUCCGUCUACUACGACAUGAACCGCCUGGACCCCCAGACCAACUCCAGCCCCAUUAAGGAGGAGUUCAGGACUCUGAACAUGGUGACGCCCACGCUGCGGGUGGAGGACUGCAGCAUCGCCCUGCUGCCCAGGAACCACGAGAAGAACCGCUGCAUGGACGUCCUUCCUCCAGACCGCUGCCUCCCCUUCCUCAUCACCAUCGACGGGGAGAGCUCCAACUACAUCAACGCCGCGCUCAUGGAUAGUUACAAGCAGCCGUCUGCAUUCAUCGUGACCCAGCACCCUUUGCCGAACACAGUGAAGGACUUCUGGAGACUGGUGCUGGAUUACCACUGCACGUCCAUAGUGAUGCUCAACGACGUGGACCCAGCGCAGUUGUGCCCACAGUACUGGCCAGAAAACGGAGUCCAUCGCCACGGACCCAUCCAGGUGGAGUUCGUCUCCGCUGACUUGGAAGAGGACAUCAUCAGCAGAAUAUUUCGGAUCUACAACGCAGCACGGCCUCAGGACGGAUACCGGAUGGUGCAGCAGUUCCAGUUCCUGGGCUGGCCCAUGUACAGAGACACGCCCAUGUCCAAGCGCUCCUUCCUGAAGCUCAUCCGACAGGUGGACAAGUGGCAGGAGGAGUACGACGGAGGCGAGGGGCGCACUGUGGUCCACUGCCUGAACGGAGGCGGUCGAAGUGGGACUUUCUGUGCCAUCAGCAUUGUGUGUGAGAUGCUCCAGCACCAGCGCUCUGUGGAUGUUUUCCACGCUGUCAAAACACUGAGGAACAACAAACCCAACAUGGUGGACCUGCUGGACCAGUACAAGUUUUGCUAUGAAGUGGCGCUGGAGUACUUGAACUCUGGGUAACUCGGAGCUGCUGAACCCACCAGAGACUUUAAAAUUGGGACAUUACAGCAGACUGCAGCUCACAUGUGUGCAUUGUGCUAAGUGUGUGUGUGUGUGUGUUGCUAACUGGACAGGAGCGAGGUCCACACACAACCAUACAUGCAGCUCCUUUGACCAGCUCCCCCUUUUCCUUCUUGUCAGUGUAAAUGGGGAAGGUAACAGAGUUGUACAGUGUUAAAUAUCGCAGCCUGUUUCUGUCAGUAUCGGCUGAGGAAGCCAGCAGGAGCACAAUGAAGUUGUUUUGUUCUGCUCUGCAGUGAGCCGCCUCUCUCUGGAUCCUUCUUUCUCUCUGCAUCGCUCUCUCUCAGCCGCCUGUAGUCCCGUGGUUGUUGCCUUGAUCCUCAUUGGACGAUAAGCGUUAAAUACUCUGUGGAAUGCGAUACACUGUACAUAAUGUGUUGAUUUUAUUCUCUAUUUUUUUUUUUACUUUUAAAAGUCUUUUAAUGCAGGAGCUCAAAGCCUAAAUGUUACUAAAUGUCCUGUAAAUCGAUGAUUAUUGCUUCAUACUGUGUGUUGGGGACAGCUGGCUCAGUCUACAUCUGCUUUCCUUAUUUCCUGUACAGGGAUCCAAAGCUUUAUUUGCACUCCCAUUUGAAUUCUCGUUGUGCAUAUUGUACAUAUUUCUGUAGAUUAUUUAUUCACAGUAUGUACUUUUUUUGUGACUCGCAGUAAGUGACAAUCAUAUGUUCUAUAGGUUUGGGUUAUUGACUGUAACGUGUGCUCUCUUUUUUUUUUUUUUUUUGUCAUCUUGUGUGACAGAUCGAUUCCAUUGUAAAGAAAAAAGAUAUUCUAUAAAUGUAUCUACAAUAUGAA